GAACUUUGUGUUCAAAUUUCUCAGAAUAUACUAUCUCUGAUGAGUGGCAAGGACGACGGGGCAAUUCGCCUCUUCAUCGAUAAGGAUGGAAUAGAGGAUGAUAAUCGGUCGAAGUGUAUUACAGCUCCGAGCUUAUCAAACGAUGUAGGAAUAAAAGAAAAUGAUGAAGAAGCGGAAGGAAUAAGUGCAGACAUAGGGGAAGUCCCCACAUUACCCAAACGUGGCAGCACGAAGGACUCAUCCAAAAGAGCUACUAAUUUAAGGGACCACCUUUUCCUCAUAGGAACGCCUAUUUGUUUUAAAAACUUCCUUUUAAGCUUAUCAAAGGAGAACUUGAAAGCCUUUUUGCAAAGCAUAAAGUAUGUAUUCUUCGACGAAAUAGAUAGGAUGUUUCCUGCCUUAAAAACGAGAAAAUCACGUGGAACGAAAAACAGUACAAAGAAAAAAACGGCCUAUUUUAUCCUAGAAACGAUUAUGUAUAUGAAUAAGAAGAACCUCGUUUUUGUUGGCUGUUCUAGUACCCUAAAUAGGGAACUGCACAGGAGAAUAUUCAAGCUUUUGAGUUUGAACAGAAAUAACGCCAAGAAGAAAAUUUACCUACUGCGGGAAAGUAACAGCGCUUCGAAUGAAGGUACUCGUGGUGGAGUUGGCAACCCUGUGGAUGCGAUACAUCCGGAUAGUCCUUACUGGGGGGACUCCUUUGAUAAGCCUCCAACAAGUGAUCCAAACCAAGCGCGAGGGGAUCCCCCUAGGGCUGAAAAAAAAGUGACCACUUCUUACCAAGAAAAGGAAGACACCCAUGUUGAUGAUUACGCCGAUGAGGAUGAACGGGCAUGCUUAUUCUCCCCGAAUGGUGAGGAUACUAUCCCCCUGCAAAAGUACAUAAUCAAAGUGAGGGUCCCGAACAAUAUACACCACCUCUACAGCGUAGUGAAGGACCAGCUGUAUAGGAGCAAAAUGGAAGAGGCAUACAAAAUCGUAAAACAUUUUAAAAAUAGAAAAGUGCUAAUUCUAGUAAAAAAUGGAUGCUCCCUACUAAACAUAAAGAGGUACUUAUCAGAAAGGAACAUUUUUUCUGUGCUUCUACAUGAAGAAUUGCAAAUAUCGCUCACGGGAAAUAACAACCACCUGGACAAAAUGUGCCAACAGUAUGCACAUAUAAAAGAUUUAAAGGAAACAGUUCUACAAAAUGAGGAAGAGACAGAGAAAAAAUAUAUAAAUAAGUACCCUGUUAUUAUAAGCUCCUUUGACAGCAUUCGAGGUUUUCACAUUAAUAACUUAGAACUCGUUUUGUUGUGCAGUAGACCGAAAAAUGUAAAUGAGUAUAUCCACCUGAGCGGUAGGGUUGGAAGGAGGAACAACGUCGGUUAUUCUAUUCUGUUGGAAGACGAAAGGAAUGUCAAUAUUGUAACAAAUUGGUUGACAAACAUACAGGUACGUUUUUUCAAAUUGGCACUAGAUGGGGAUACCUCCACAGACGCGGCGAGCACUGAUCACUCGGAACAAGCUGAGAAGAGUGAGCAAAAUGGGCCAAUGCCAGACCCAGAUCGCGAAAAAGACAAUUUAAACUACAUCACAUCGUGCAUAAUGGAUGAGCUGAAUGAGGACAUUCCGUGA